UAAAAUCAACUUGUAUUGCCCAUGACCAUUUUGAUCGUGUCUUAGAUACCAAAGCUGUCAAGAUUGGAUGUUGUACAAUCAAUCAAACUGAAGCAUGAACAACCUGGGAGGCCAUUAAGAUGAUAUUAAAGUUCUGUCAAUUUUCAAUCAUUAUUGAAGGAGAUUCAAAAUUGAUAAUUUCGUACUUAAACUAGAAGACGAAGAAGCCCCCUUAGAAGAUGAAAAUUACAAUCGAGAACUGCAUGAGGAUGAAAAACACCUUUACAUCUACAAACCAGACCGCAGAAUUGCUCGCGAAGCCCAGAUUGCUACUUCGGAGUUCAUAUCUUUUUACUUUAUCUUUCCUUCCCCUUCUCUUUCCUCUAUUUGUUUAGUGACUAUUGGGGGCGCACUACCCCGCUUGUUGUCGUGCUAUCUGGAUUUAUUCAAAAAUGAAAAUGUCAUUUUAUUUGUGAGCCGCAUUAUUUUAAUCCCGUUGCGCAUGCAAUCGGCUGAAUCAUGCUUACCACAUGUCACAUCACUCACAUGUGUUGAUUCGGUGCAUGUAAAAUUGUAAACUAUAAAGGCGGCUUGACUGGCUCAUCCUCUCCCUCUCGGCCUCUCCUGCUUCUCCCCACUCUGAGUCAGAGACAGAGCAGAGACCACAUUGCUAUCGAGAAAGCAAAAUGAAGAAAUAGCAUAAAGUAAAACAAGCUUGUCCGGAACCCAAGAUCUUAUCUGAACUUCUGCCACUGUUCUGGAGUUCUCGGUGAGGUUGGUAAAGGGCAGCGACGAGACACAGUAAUGGAGAAUUCUCGUUAGUUUGAGGUCAAUUUCGCGAACCUUUUUCACGGACUGAAGAGUUCUGUUUGACGAAAUUAGAAGUAGAGAUGGCUGCCACCGGGUCAACAAGAUCUGGUCAAGCUCAGUUUAUCACAAGCACAGGAAACCAGAGUUUUUCAAAUGCACCCCUGAUUGAGAAUGAGGAAACUAAUCAGAUCAUUGUCCCAGAUAGAAAAAGUUGGAAGAACUUAUUUUCAUACAUGGGUCCUGGAUUUCUUGUUUCUAUUGCAUAUAUUGAUCCUGGGAAUUUUGAAACGGAUCUUCAAUCAGGAGCACAGUACAAGUAUGAGUUACUCUGGAUCAUCCUAGUGGCAUCAUGUGCUGCACUCAUCAUUCAAUCCCUUGCAGCUAACCUAGGAGUUGUCACAGGAAAACAUUUAGCGGAGCACUGUAGAGCUGAAUACCCAAAGGUUCCAAACUUCAUCCUAUGGCUGCUUGCUGAAAUUGCCAUAGUUGCAUGUGACAUUCCUGAAGUGAUUGGGACAGCCUUUGCACUGAAUAUGCUCUUCAAUAUUCCUGUAUGGUGUGGUGUUCUGCUUACAGGGUUUAGUACUUUGGUUCUUCUAGCAUUGCAACAAUAUGGGGUGAGGAAACUUGAGUUCUUGAUUGCAUUUCUAGUACUUACAAUUGCUGCAUGCUUCUUUGCGGAGCUUGGAUAUGCAAAACCCAAUUCUUCCGAAGUUAUAAAGGGGCUUUUUAUUCCCCAACUUAAGGGAAAUGGAGCUACUGGCCUUGCAAUUUCACUCCUUGGUGCUAUGGUUAUGCCGCACAACCUCUUCCUCCAUUCAGCUUUGGUGCUUUCCCGAAGAAUUCCAAGAUCUAUUCAUGGAAUCAAAGAGGCAUGCCGAUUUUAUACCAUAGAAAGUGCCUUUGCUUUGCUGGUGGCCUUUCUGAUUAAUGUAUCUGUUAUUUCUGUAAGUGGUUCUGUCUGUAAUUCCUCAAAUUUGAGUCCGGAGGAUCAGACAAGCUGCAAUGACUUGGAUUUGAACAAAGCCUCCUUUUUGCUAAGAAAUGUUCUAGGUAGUUGGAGUUCAAAACUUUUUGCAAUUGCGUUAUUGGCAUCAGGUCAGAGUUCUACAAUUACAGGAACUUAUGCAGGACAAUAUGUCAUGCAGGGUUUUCUUGAUUUGCGAAUCACACCAUGGAUACGGAACUUCUUAACAAGAUGCUUGGCAAUAGUCCCAAGUCUAACAGUUGCAAUCAUUGGUGGCUCAGCAGGGGCUGGCAAGUUAAUUAUUAUUGCAUCAAUGAUCCUAUCAUUUGAACUCCCAUUUGCUCUCAUCCCUCUUCUCAAGUUUACCAGCAGCAAGACCAAGAUGGGUUCACAUGCUAACUCAACUAUGAUUUCAGUAAUUACCUGGAUCAUAGGAUCUCUUAUCAUGGCAAUCAACAUAUACUAUCUUGCAACAGGUUUUGUAAAGCUGCUUCUGAAUUCUGGGCUAGAAGUCGUGGCAAUUGUGUUUGCUGGUUUGUUUGGGUUCUCAGGUAUGUUGGUGUAUUUGGCCGGAAUUUUGUACUUGGUCAUCCGGAAGAAUAAAGAAGUAACACACUUGCUGCCAUUGGAGGAGUCAGUAAACCUGCCGAGAAAUAGCAAUUGUGACAAUGAAAUCUUAUAUAGCCUCCCCAGAGAAGAUAUAGUAAGCAUGCAAUUGCCCCAAAGAAGGAUACCGGCUGGUGUCAACUAACUGAUGCUCUUGGUCUCUGAACAUAGGCAUGACUUGUUGAACUUUGAUGCUUCAACUCCAAGAGGCCUACGGACCACUUCUAAUCUCUUUUAUGGAUGGCAGAUAUCCGUCUACUUCUCAUAGACCAGCAUUUUGUACAAUUUUCACUGUUCCUUGAUUGCAAAUUUGCAAUAAGUACAAAGGUAAACGCCCACAUCUAGGAACGAGACAAUAGCAAUGUAAUGUUUACACAAGAGUUAAUAAGUCAUUAAGUUCUAUACGA